AUGGUGUCGGAAUUAACGGGCGUGUAUAAGGAACACAACUUUGUUCAUGAGAUAGAUAGAUACCAGAAGCAAACGCUGCUAAGUAUAAGCUUCCUGUUCUUCUUUGCGGUAGUUGGGCUGAGUUUGUGGAAGGAAAAUCGAAACGUUCUACCUGGGAGUCGUUUGCGAAUUGGCUAGAAAAAGAAGCGAAAAUAUGCGAGUCAAAGCAGAGGUGGAUGCUGGAAAAGCAAGAAUGGAGAAGGUUUGAUUCGACUAGGAGUGAUUUACCUAAAAGUGGUUCACGUAGGUCUGCUGGCAAUCCCGCGGUGCCAGGACUGUUUGCGGGAACAACACAAGAGACUCCCGCAAGUGAUGAAAAGUUGA